AUGGAAGUGAUGCCCACAUCCAAUGAAAACAGUCCGUACAAAAAUGCGCCAGACUCCCCAUCCCGGCAAUUGCUUUGGGAGCUCAGCCAAAUGACUAUCUCUUCUCAACAAAGAUUCCAUGCGCAUUUGGAUCGUGAAUCCGAAGCACGAGCGGACGAACACAGGCAGGCACUGGCAGUCGCGGCCGCAAAGCAUGACCGUGUCCUCCAGAGCGUAGAGCUAGAGAGGCAGAGAUUAGAGGCUCAGAUACAAGCUGAGAGGGAGCGCCGGGACAAUGAAACAAGGAAGGAGCUUGAGCGACAACGACGGGAGAAAGCUGAACGGGAAAUUGAAGAGAAGAAAAGAGAAUUAGAGCGUGCCAAGGUCAUCGAAGGGGAGCAGAAGAAGCUUGCUGAACUUGAAAGGACCAAAAGGGAGGCUGUAGAGGCGACACGAAAGCAAAGAGAGCAAGAACAAGAACGAGCGGACGCCGCGAGAAGAGAGCAGGAACGACGAGCUGCUGAACAGAAACAACGAGAGGAUGCCCAAAAGCAGCAGCCACCUCCUGCGAAAGCUUCGAGCACAGCUCAACCAAACAAGAUUGCAGUACUAACACCCCCAGAACCUGCGCCUGCUCCUUCCAUACCUACUCCGGCCCCUCCACAGCCCUCUUCAUCCACAGCAUCAGAUAACGAUUCUCUUUGGGAGGCAGAACACAACCAGUAUCUGGAAAUCCACCAAAAGCUCAAGGAACUCCGCAAAUUCAUGAACGAACAAGGCAAGACCAACAAGCAGCUCAAAACAGCUAUGGGGGAAAUGCGCCGCGGCAUGCGCAAAUGCGUCGGCCAACUGACCGAGGGCAAAGGCGCGAACACAGAAAUUGUAAGCCGUAGCCCUUCCUUCAGCCCCCUCUCAACUAACCAUCCACCUUCCUCUCAGCUCAAACAAAUCCUCGCCCUCCUCCGCUCAGCCGUAAAAUUCCAACCCCAACCCGUCGUCCCCAUCGCACCCUUCCUCGCCACCUCUCCUACCACCUCCACCCCUGGUCCCGGCCUCCUAAUCUACCUCCUCUCCAUCUUCUCCAAGCUCGUAAUCGGGCAAUUCAUCGACGAAGCGUCCGUGUCCCCCAAACGCGCCGACCCCGUGGGGAUAGUCGCCUCGCACAUCUUCGCCCUCCCAGAUUUCCAAUGGCAAAAUACCUCUACCAUCUCCAUCCUCAUCGCCAAAUUCCACGCCGUCUGCCCCGUCCUCUUCGGCAUCUACGGCCCGGAAAACACCGUGAAGGGAAAAGAGCGCCUGGGCUGGUGGCGCGAAGAAUCCCGCACCGCCGGCCCCUUCGUCAGUACCCAACGGCAUUACGAGCGCAUGACUGGCAUAGGGGCCGGCUUCGCGUCCCUGGCCCUCCGCAACUAUGAGAAAUCGAAACUGCGGAAUCCAUACCCCGACGGCAAGUAUUGGGAGGCGUUGGCGAAGAUUUCAGCCACCCCCUCCGAGGGGUUGACACAAACCCAUUUUGUGGUGCUCAAAGCGAUAGUGCAGGGGUAUGAGGAUCGGUUUGUGAAAUUCUAUGGCAACGCGGCCGUUGCGGCGCUGAGGUUGUGUCUUGUGAGCUUGCCGGAACGGGCGCCCGAGGGGAUCAAGGGGACGGCGGCUGUGAAGGGUUGUAGUGGGUUGGUGGAUGUGAUUAGGAAGGAGAGGAAGCUUGUAUUGUGA